AGUUAUAAGAGACCGCGUGACACAACAGACAAAAUGGCGGCGGUUAAUCUAUCAUUGCGGCAAUCUUCAAGACUACUCUCUGGGCUCGGUUUAACAAGAGUCUGCCGCCAAAUAUCACCUGUGAUCUUUAAAAAGAAUUCUUUCCACCAAUCUCAUGAAGUUCCAAUACAUGCCAAGUAUGGCGGGCGUAACACUGUUACAUUAAUUCCAGGAGAUGGUAUUGGCCCAGAGAUGGUCACUGCAGUGCAAGAUAUAUUCAGGUAUAUUGGUGCACCAGUGGAUUUUGAAGAACUUAAUUUAAGUGGGGUAAAUUUAAGUGACGAGGAUGCAUUCAGUGACACCUUGGAAGAUGUUGUGACUUCAGUGAAGAGGAAUGGAGUAGCAAUGAAGGGAAAUAUAUUUACUCCAUUAGAUAAACCUACUUUUAAGUCACUCAACGUUGAAUUACGUCGGCAGCUGGAUCUAUUUGCCAAUGUUGUAAGAUGUAAAUCCAUACCAGGAAUCCCAGUGAGACAUAGCGAUUUGGAUCUGGUGAUUAUUAGAGAAAACACAGAAGGAGAAUACAGUCACAUUGAACAUGAAAAUGUUGAUGGGGUUAUUGAAAGUUUUAAGAUCAUGACAGAGGAGAAAUGUACCAAAAUUGCAAAAUAUGCAUUUGACUUUGCUGUGAAGCAUGGCCGAAAGAAAGUGACAGCUGUUCACAAGGCCAACAUCAUGAAACUUGGUGAUGGCUUGUUCUUGCGAUGUUGUGGCGAGGUCUCCAGGGACUACCCUGACAUUGAAUACAACUCUAUGAUUAUUGAUAACUGUUGUAUGCAGCUUGUUUCCAACCCUCAGCAGUUUGAUGUGAUGGUAAUGCCAAACUUGUAUGGCAAUAUAGUCAGCAACAUUGGCGCAUCUCUUGUAGGCGGACCAGGCAUCGUACCUGGUGAAAACAUAGGUGGAGAUUAUGCUGUGUUUGAAUCGGGCUCGCGUCACACAGGUCGGGACAUCGAAGGAAAGAACAUUUCAAAUCCUAUGAGCCUGCUGUUUGCCAGCACACUCAUGCUGGAACAUUUGGGAUGGAAUGCUUAUGGUGACCUAAUUCACAGUGCUAUCUUAAGAGUCGUGGAAAAAGGAGUGAAAACCGCCGAUGUUGGAGGCGAACAUUCCACUACAGAUUUCCUUGAAUGUUUAAAAGAAGAAAUCGGUCAGAUGGCUAGAGUUGGUGGAAUGGAGUAGAGUUGUUGUUUAUACUGCUGCUGAAUCCCGUAUGUUACCGCAAAUAUAUAAAACAUCGAAGUUGUUUUUAGAUUAAGCAACCUUUGCGAGUGCCAAGUGUUGUUUGCGCAUAGAAGAUAUUGUAAAAUAUAACAGAGAGAUUUGUAAAUUUACCAUUGUACGCAUUUUACUGAUUUCAAGUGGCAGUUUCGUGCGGUUUACUUGAUCACGACCUUCACAACAGCCACAAGAAGCCCUGAAUUUUAUACAGAGUUGAAAAGGUUCUCGCUUGUCGUUUGUUAGAACUCCUAUUCAAACUCAGUUGUAAAGAAUAAACUGUUAAGCUGAAAUAAUAAUAAAA